AUGCGUCAAAUUUUACUCGCAAAGAAGGAUUCUUUUACAAAUUCCGAAAAAACAUUUUCAACUUAUUCUUCUUCCGCCACUUUAACUGUUGAAACUGAAGAACCACUUAGUUUAGAAGGUCGUUGGAUAAAAGAUUCUAGUGGUCGCACUAUACUUUUACGUGGUAUAAAUUUAUCUGGCUCAUCUAAACAACCUUGUCAUCCUCAAAAAAUCCCCUCUCACAAGGAAGAUUUUUUUGAACAUCGUAAUGUUAGCUUCGUGGAUAGACCAUUUCCCUUGUCCGAAGCUGACCAACAUUUUGCUCGUUUGAAACAUUGGGGUUUCAAUUUUCUGAGAUUUAUUGUAACCUGGGAAGCUCUUGAACAUAAGGGACCAGGAAUAUACGACGAAGAAUUUAUUGAAUUCACAAUAAAGAUUAUUAAAAAAGCCAAAGAGUUUUCGGGUGGAUCUGGUGCUCCUGGUUGGACAUUGGAAGUUGCUGGUUUAAAUAUGAAAAAUUUUGUCGCAACUGAAGCAGCAAUAGUUCACAACUCUUAUAAAGACCCUGCUAAUUAUCCAAAAAUGGUUUGGUCAACAAACUAUUAUAAAUUAGCAACUGCUACAAUGUUUACAUUAUUUUAUUCAGGGAAAAUAUUUGCACCAAAAUGUAUUGUAGAUGGAAUAAAUAUUCAAGAUUAUUUGCAAAAUCAUUUUUGUAAUGCCUAUAAAAGAUUGGCUGAAAAAAUAUGCGAUGCUAAAUUAAAUGAUACAGUUGUUGUUGGAUAUGACACACAGAAUGAACCAAGUUGGGGACUUGCUACAACUAAAGAUUUGAAUAAAAUUCCAAAAUGGCAAGAAUAUAGGAAAGGUGUAACACCUUCAUUUUUUCAAUCUAUGUUGUUAGGAGAAGGAAUACCUUGUAAAAUAGAUAUCUGGGACCUGUUAUGGUACGGCUUUAGUAAAAUUGAUGACAUAUAUAUUGAUCCCAAAGGUAAAAAGGCAUGGUUGGAAAAGGAACCUGAAGGUAAUGAUCCUUGGAAAAAAUCAUCAGAUUAUCCAAAAGGUUGUAUAUGGGCUGCACAUGGUGUAUGGGAUAAACAAUCCAAAGAGCUACUAAAACCAGGUUACUUUAAUACAAAUCCUUUAACCGGUGAGGAAUUAGAUUGGUACGAAGAAUGCUUUAAACCGUUUGUACAAAAGUAUUCAUCAACCAUAAGAUCGGUGCACACACAUGCAAUAAUUUUUAUACAACCACCAGUACUUGAAUUGCCACCUAAAUGGAAUCAAUCAAAUAAUGAUUCAAUGGAACGUAUAAUAUAUUCACCACAUUGGUAUGAUGGAUUGACAUUAACACAAAAACACUUUAAUUGGUGGAAUCUUGAUUAUUUGGGAGUUAAACGUGGGAAAUAUUUUGGAUAUUUGCCUGCUUUGAGAAUUGGUACACCUGCUAUUAAAAAAAACUUUGCUGAUCAACUUGGGGUGAUUAAAGAAGAAGCUAAGGAAUAUCUCGGUGAGAUAGGAAUUCCGUAUGAUCUGGAUAAUGGGGAAGCAUCUAGAACAGGCGAUUACUCACAACAAAUCAAAGCAAUGGACGCAAAUAUAAGUGCAUUAGAGGCUAAUUUAUUGAAUUAUACAAUAUGGAACUAUUGUUCUGAUAAUAAUUUUCAAUGGGGAGAUCAAUGGAAUGGUGAGGAUUUAUCUAUUUAUUCAUUAGGUAAUGAACAAAACCAAGAUGAUGAUAUUGAGUUACCUAAUAAUUGUUUAAAUUCAAUGGAACCCUCAAAAAAGAUGAACAUUAAGGAUUUAAAUAAAGGCGGUAGAGCAUUACAAGGAUUAUUAAGACCAUUUCCGAUGAAAACCUAUGGUGAACCUGUUUCACUAGAAUUUAAUCCAUGGGCAAAAAUAUUUAAAUAUGUUUAUCGAAAUCUUUCUGCUAGUGCACCACCAGGCUUUCCAACUGAAAUUUACUUGCCUACUUAUCAUUUUGGGGGUAUAUUAAAUGUAGAUUUUACAGUGAAGACUACUAGUGGGUUAUUUAUUUGGGAUAAAGACGAACAAAAAAUUUGUUAUUGGCAUCAAAUAAAAAAAGAUAUUAUAAUUGAUGAUGGAGAAAAGUUUAAAACAAUUAUUAAUGUAACUAGAUUACAUACUAUCAUUAUUGAAGUUAUAAAUGGUGAUGGUGAAGAUGGAUGGAGAAAAUAUUGUUAG